UGGCGCUCGCGCCGUUUCUGUUGCGUUAUUGAGCAACAGGGAUCUAACGUUGGGAUCACCAUAGGAAGGUGGACUUCGAUCUCUCGGUGGAUAGUAUGCUACCGUACCAAUGUCUGGCGUAAGCUUGCCGCCCGAUGCUCCAGCUGUUCGGCUGUGCCAUGUUGUAAAAUGGGAGCACUACGAUGGAUACGGGUUUAACCUGCACACGGAAAAGUCGAAAUCUGGUCAAUUUCUUGGUAAGAUCGACCAAGGUAGCCCCGCGGAAGCUGCACAGCUCAAAGAAGGCGACCGCAUCGUGGAGGUGAAUGGUGUCAAUGUCGCCAAUGAAAAUCAUAAGCAAGUCGUCGAAAGGAUCAAAGCAGUGCCCAGCGAAACGAAAUUACUGGUCGUCGACCCUCUAGCUGACAACUGGUACAAGGAGCACAAGAUUAUCAUCAAGAACAGCCUACCCUCUGUGGUGCAAUGCAAGACGCCCAAGCCAGUGCUUAAAAGGACAUCCCACAGUGAGCUGUCACCUCGACUGUGCCACCUGGUGAAGAGGCCAGAUUUUGACGGCUACGGUUUCAACCUGAACGCGGAUAAAGUCCGCAACACGCAGUAUGUGGGGUCCGUUGACAAGGACAGCCCAGCCGAACGUGCAGGAUUGCAGGUCAAUGACACCAUCAUUGAGGUAAAUGGAGUCAACGUAGAAGGCCUCAACCAUAAAGAGAUAGUGGAGAAAAUUAAGGCAGUGCCUCAUGAGACAAAGCUGCUCGUUGUAGAUGAGGCGACGGCCAGGUGGAUGAGAGAAAACAACCCGCCUGCUGCCAAUGGGCGUCUCGCUGCCACUGUUGCUACUGCUGCCAAGCCAGCAAAGGCCAAACAAAGCUCCACCAGCGUAGAGAGUCCCUAUGCACUGCGGCUGUGCCACCUGCGAAAGUGGCCAAACUAUGAGGGAUACGGCUUCAACCUGCACGCGAACAACAAGCGGGAGGGCCAUUUUGUGGGGCAGGUGAACUCCAACAGCCCCGCGCAGCUGGGCGGCCUGCUCCGCAACGACCGUGUCGUCCAGGUCAACGGGCUCAACGUCGAGAAAGACACCCACAAGCAAAUCACCGAACGCAUAUGUCAGAAUCGCGAUUCGGUCGACCUGCUUGUGGUGGACCCAGAAACGGAGGAAUAUUUCACCAAGGAGAACAUCCCGCUCCUUUCGGCAAACGUCGUCCAGAAGCAUACACCCGAGGAGAGCCCCUUGCAAACCGGCCCACAGGACUCAAAAUCACAAGUCGACGGGCCUCCACCCAAAGAGUUGCCUCCUGGCCUUGACCUGACCAUGAAGGCAUCAGAGUUGCGCGAGAUGCUUAAGACGCGCAAGAAAAAGGAUCCUCGAGAGUUGCAGAUGGAUUUGAAACAGAAGUACAAGAUAAUAGAGCAGAUGUGACUGCACCGGUUGCCUAGCUACCAUUUAGAUGUUCAGGUGUAUUGUCUGGUGCAGUUAUUGAGUUAGGUGUACAGUUAUAAUAUUCUGGUUGAGGCACACGGCAUCGUCUCCUUUUAAGGUGGAUUUCUAUGCACUUUGUGGUUGCAGUUAUUUUGUAUGUUUGACAGCUGUGAAGUACCGGCGGAGCAUUCCCAAACAUUGUUGUGUAUUUGAGAAAAAUGCUCUCGUUGGUGACCCAAAUCAAAACAUAAAUGUGUGCCUUAUGUGGGGAGUGGUAAAAAAAAGAUGUUAGGAACACUUUGUAACCGAGGGUACGUGCACAAUAAUUCUUGACUGUUAUGAGGUGUUUAAAAAAAAAAAAUCUGCCCUUGAGUGCAGUUUGUUACGAGACGUUUUGUCUUAUGUACUUAAGAACUAUGCAGCAGUCUAAAAUAAAUUGCAUUUAUACUGGCA